CCCCCGGGCGAGGCGAGGGGCGCCUUUCGGUGUCCGCGGCGCAGCGACCCUCGGCCGGGAUGGCGGCGGCGGCGGCGGCAGCGCGCGGAGCUUGGGGCGGGCGGCGGCGCGUGGCGCUCAGGAUGCCGCGGAGAGCCGGUGUUCCUUGGAUCGCUUCGGCCUCCGCCUCCUCCUCUGUGCCAACAACCAAACUGUUCAUCGAUGGGAAGUUUAUUGAGUCCAAAACCACAGAAUGGAUUGAUAUCCACAACCCAGCCACAAAUGAAGUGGUUGCUCGUGUACCGAAAGCUACAGCUAGUGAAAUGGAGGCAGCUGUAGCUUCUUGCAAAAAGGCUUUUUGGAACUGGUCAGAAACAUCUGUUUUGAGUCGCCAGCAGAUCUUCCUGCGUUACCAACAGCUCAUCAAAGACAAUCUGAAAGAAAUUUCAAAGCUCAUCACCUUUGAGCAAGGGAAGACCCUGGCUGACGCUGAGGGAGAUGUGUUCCGAGGCCUCCAGGUGGUUGAACAUGCUUGCAGUGUGACAUCUCUCAUUCUGGGAGAGACCAUGCCCUCCAUCACUAAAGACAUGGACACUUGCACCUACCGUCUGCCUCUGGGUGUGUGUGCUGGCAUUGCACCGUUCAAUUUCCCAGCGAUGAUUCCUCUUUGGAUGUUUCCCAUGGCUAUGGUUUGUGGAAACACAUUCUUGAUGAAACCUUCUGAGCGUGUGCCAGGAGCACUCAUGUUCCUUGCCAAGCUGUUUCAGGAUGCUGGUGCCCCAGAUGGGACGCUGAAUAUCAUCCACGGACAGCAUGAAGCUGUGAACUUCAUUUGUGAUCAUCCGGAUAUCAGAGCAAUCAGCUUUGUGGGAUCUAAUCAGGCUGGCGAGUACAUCUAUGAAAGAGGAUCCCGGAAUGGCAAGAGAGUCCAGGCUAACAUGGGAGCAAAGAACCAUGGUGUGGUGAUGCCAGAUGCCAAUAAAGAGAACACUUUGAACCAGCUGGUUGGAGCUGCCUUUGGAGCAGCUGGCCAACGCUGCAUGGCUCUGUCUACAGCAAUUCUAGUGGGAGAAGCACAGAAAUGGUUGCCAGAGCUGGUGGAGAGAGCCAAAAAUCUACGCGUAAAUGCAGGAGACCAGCCUGGUGCAGAUCUAGGGCCUCUAAUCAGUCCCCAGGCUAAGGAAAGGGUUUGCCACCUGAUUCAGAAAGGAGUAGAAGAAGGUGCCAGUCUUCUUCUGGAUGGACGUAAUAUCAAAGUGAAGGGCUAUGAAAACGGCAAUUUUGUUGGACCAACGAUCCUUGCCAAUGUCAAGCCAAACAUGACUUGUUACAAGGAGGAAAUCUUUGGGCCUGUCUUAGUGGUUUUGGAAGCAGACACUUUGGAUGAUGCAAUUGAGGUGGUGAACAAUAACCCCUAUGGAAAUGGAACCGCAAUCUUCACCACCAAUGGAGCCACAGCUCGGAAAUAUUCUCACUUAGUAGAUGUGGGGCAGGUGGGUGUCAAUGUUCCAAUUCCAGUGCCUCUGCCCAUGUUCUCGUUCACCGGUUCUCGUGCUUCUUUCAGAGGAGAUGCAAAUUUCUAUGGCAAACAGGGAGUGCAGUUCUACACACAGCUGAAAACUAUCAUUUCUCAAUGGAAAGAGGAAGAUGCCACUGUUACCAAGCCUGCUGUGGUUAUGCCAACUAUGGGGAACUAAAAUCAGCCUUUAAAGAUACUGUCUCUGGUGCCCUUCUCUUUCCAUGUUGCACUUUCCAGCUUUGUCCUGACUAUCAUGGUUUCCUUGGGAAUGAAUAGAAAACUCCAUUUUCUAAGGGCCUCUUUUUCUAUGUAGAUCAGGCAAGUUUAUGUAAUGUGCAGUCUGGGUUUUUUGUUGCUGUCAUUUGGUUUUUUUGUGUUUGUUUGUUUUUGUAUAACUAUCAAGAAGAAACUAUCCUAUCUAACUGAAAGGGAAAACAGAUGGGCUUCACUUUAUGUUUCUUUCUAGAUCUUUGGAACUUGAACAUUAUUCUGCUUUCUACUUCAGUACCUCUAGCCUUAGUGACUCACUGCUGGCUGCACCUUGUAGCAGUUUUCUUUACCACUUUCUUACAUGUUGAGAUUUUGCACUCACUGUACUCAGAUGAAUAUUCACUUUGAGUGAUGUAACUGGGACACUUUGGAUGUCUCACUGAAGUAACUUUUACAUACAAUGAAGACAGCAAAUUUUGGAGUUGAAAAUGUCAGUCUUUCAUCAUUUGAGGAAUUUCCAAAACACCUGGGAAAUGUCUUUCUAUCGAUUUUUCAGGGAAGCAUAUUUGAUUGCUUGUCUGAGGAUGAAAUAAAUACCUGUAUGGUAUAGUGACCUUCACUGUGCCUCUUACAGCUGGAAAGCUGUUCCUGUUGUGCAUGUGGCUUGUAUUCUCCAAUUUGCUGUCAGUUCCAUUAUACCUAGAAGUUGGUUGGUGCCUUUUUACUGUAAUAACAAAAAUGUGCCUACAGGUCCUUGAUUGACUCUUUGUCACAUUUGCUCAAGCACAGUCAUGUUCUCUAAGGACAGCAGGUCCCAUUAUUAGAGAAGGGUAAGUCUUGGUGUGCCCUGUUCUAUAUGUGCAUUUGGAGUGGGAGAGCCUGUGUUUUUAUUCUUGCUUCCUGGAAGAUGAUGCAGCCAUGAGGAGGGGAUCUGCAGGGACUUCAUUCAAGUACCCAUGGAAAAUAAUACUGCUCUAAUGAUUGUAAUCCUUACUUGUUGUAAUUAAACAAUCUGAAUGUGAAGACUUUAUAUCCUGCCUUCUGAUAAAGAUGCAUUGUAACUCACAGUUAUGUAUUAGAGUAACCGCUGUUGAUCCACUAAUGUUUGUAUCUUGUUUUUUUUUUUCUUCUGCUAUACUCUAGAGGGAAAAUUCUCACCUUGCAGUUUGAUUAUGAAUUAAAAACUUGCUAAUA